AACGUGAAAUUAAGAAAAGAAGUGCGUUCAACUUUACCAAAAAUAUUGAUUUCUCAUCUGUCAAACAAGAAAGUUGUUUUUACCGCGGUGUUUUCAGUAAAUCAGCGAAAAUGUGUGAAAAUCACGUUAUAAACUCUUUAUUUACGGACUUCCAAAGUAAUAUGGAUAAAGAGCAAGAAAUACGAGAGGUUAUAAGAAAUAUCUGCAAGGAUGUCGGUCAAAUAUCGCGGGAAGCGACCACAGUGCUUCAAGUAAUCCACCACAAUGAAGCCGGCAUCAAUCCUGCUUGCCUUAAAGCUAGGGAAUUGUUUGAGAAGGCUCGAGAAGGAUACGCCAGGCUGACUGAAGCUCUGCCUCCUAAUGAUUACUACAAAUACCAAGAACAUUGGCGCACCAUGACACAGCGCUACUGCUUCCUGAUUGCUCUCACUAUCUGGUUGGAGACAGGGAUACUCGCCACACACGAUACUAUCGCUCAAGUGCUCGGCAUAAGUGCUCUUGAAAGGAAGACUGGUUUCCACCUGGAUAUAGAGGAUUAUCUCAAUGGACUGCUGCAGCUGUGUUCUGAACUGUCUCGUCUGGCGGUAAACUCAGUAACUCGCGGCGACUUCGAGAAACCGAUGCAGAUCUCCAAGUUUGUCAUGGAGUUGAAUGCAGGCUUCAGGCUACUGAAUUUGAAGAACGAUCACCUGCGCAAACGCUUCGAUGUGCUCAAGUACGACGUGAAGAAAAUAGAAGAAGUUGUCUAUGAUCUCAGUAUUAGGGGGCUACGGCCCAAACCAGAGCCAGUUGUCGAUGGUUAAACUCAUACUUUGUCGUACCAAUUGUCUAUUACAAGCUAAAAUAUCUAAAUUUUUUUAGAAAAAUGUAGUACACGCUAGUAUUAAUUAGAAAUAUUUUUUUUUUGUCACCGGCU